AUGGCGACAGACUCUCAAGCCCUCUCGGACGAGAUCGACUCUCUGCUCGUCCGCUAUCUGACCCUCCUGGACGAAUACACCUCGUUGCGCGGCUCUCUUAGCUCGCUGCAGUCUUCGAUUUACACGAAUAUCGCUCGAGCCAACUUCCAGGCAGAGAGAGGAGUGAGCUAUGGGAGGGAGGCUUACGAUCGGAGGGCUUUGACGCCUAAUCGGGUGUGCAGAGUGACAGGAGAUGUUGGAGAUGGGACGGUGGUUUUUGAGUUUGGGAAGGUUGUGGAAGAGGAAUCUGCAGCGACAGAGCAGACCUCUGUGAAUAAGGUGGAAGGGCAAGAGGAGGAAGAUGGCAGUGACAGUGAUAAGACGGAAGAUAUUGCGGAAGGCAUGGAGAAAGUCAGCAUUGGAACCGACCUCUCUGCCAAUACUUCCACAGACAAGAACAACGAUCCCUCACCUCCCAAACCCACUCCCACCCCAAACGAAACCCCAGAUCCAAUCCGCAUGUUCGGCUUCAGCAUUCCCACCGCUCUCCGCACUGCCCAAUCCUCUUCCAUCCAACUCGUCGAAUCUUCCAUACCACGUCUGGCGAGCAUAAGUUUACAGAUGCAGGCGCUAGAGAUACAGAUUCGCAGAGCGAGGAAGUACAGGGCGAAGGCUCUGGCUGCAGAGGCAGGGAGUGUGAAGGGUAGGGCAAAAGAAGGAAUUGCUGCAUGA